GGAGCAGAUGCAGAGAUGCAGAUCUUUGUGAAGACCCUGAUGUGCAAGACCAUCACCCUCGAGGUUGAGCCCAGUGACACCAUUGAGAAUGUCAAAGCCAAAAUUCAAGACAAGGAGGGCAUCCCAUCUGACCAGCAGCGUCUGAUUUUUGCGGGCAAACAGCUGGAGGAUGGCUGCACUCUCUCAGAUUACAACAUCCAGAAAGAGUCCACCCUGCACUUGGUGCUUUGCCUGCGAGGUGGCAUCAUUGAGCCUUCCCUGCACCAGCUUGCCCAGAAGUACAACUGUGACAAGAUGAUCUGUCCCAAGUGUUAUGCCCGCCAGCACCUCCGUGCUGUCAAGAAGAAGUGUGGUCACACCAACAACCUCUGCCCUAGGAAUAAGGUCAAAUAA